UCAGAUUUUUACAUAUAUAGGACAAUUUAGUCUCUUGCACUUCCUGAAAUAUCAUUUUAACUUUCGUUGUCCUAGCCCCACUCACGUUGGGUCCGACAUCCGGAUGAGAUAAGUGUGGAUGGGUCAGAUUUGAUAAUAUUUUGAUGAUAUUGUUGGUAUUGUAGUGUUAAAAGACUAUAGCAGGAAAAAUGUGGUGGCACAGCAAGGUAAAAUAACAAAGGUUACCUUUUUAAGAUCUCACAGAAGCAAUUAAAAGGGAGGUAAAGGGGACUCAUCUGAUUCUGACAAAUUCCGGCUUCCAUGAAACUCCCAGGCCUGCAACAGCAACCAUGUUCUUCUCCAUCCAGAAACUCCUUUUCCAACCAUCAGAAACACGAAGAAAGGAGAAGAAAGACAGCAAAGAUGAGGAAGAAAAGAGAAACGCACCACAAAAGCCCUCAACUUGCUCAGACUGCUUACAUGGUCCUUGCCUUGGGGAUGGUGAGCCCACCAACUCAAAGCACAGGGUUGCUGCCAUGAACAUCACAAGUACCAGAGCUGCUCGGUGCGAGUUCGCCAAGUUUGCCACAUCUUCCCUCUUUUCCAAUUCUCAUUUCACCAACCAUGAAUCCAUCCCUUCCCUGUUAGAUGCUUUCUCAAACUUCUCAGAAGUUUUUCCGCAGUACCUUGAGACACAGAAGGCUGAUGAUAUCAGAGAGAGCGAGUACAGCCACCUCAACGAUCAUGUCUGCCUUGAUUACAGUGGGGUUAACCUCUUCUCUCAUGCACAGAUGAAUCAAUCGAUUGCAUCGUCUUCUUCAUGCCCUCCGCAGCCAUCGGCAUGGCAGCCUCCGUUUUUCAGCAUCUCCUACAAGUCUGCAAGCCUCAAAUCUGAGGUACAGUAUGGGGAGGAAGAUAGAGGCUUUGAAUCUGCCAUCAGAAAGAGAAUUAUGAGUUUUCUCAGAAUAUCAGGGGAGGAAUAUGGUAUAGUGUGUACUGCCAAUAGAACAGCUGCUUUCAGAUUACUGGGAGAAACUUAUCCAUUCCACUCUAACAAGAGGCUGCUGACAGUUUACGACUAUGAGAGCGAAGCCGUGAGUGCAAUGGUGGAGAGUGCUGAGAAGAGAGGAGCGAAGAUCAUGUCUGCGGGCUUCUCCUGGCCAGGCAUGAGGAUUCAGACUGCAAAGCUGAAGAAGAUUUUGAGCAAGAGGAAGUCGGAGAAGAAGAGAGGUUUGCUAGUCUUUCCACAUAUGUCUAGGAUGACUGGGGUGAGGUUUCCUUAUCUGUGGAUGAAAAUGGCAAGGGAGAAUGGUUGGCAUGUGAUUUUUGAUGCUUGUACUUUAGGGCCAAAGGACAUGGACGCACUUGGAAUCACAAUAAUUCAACCGGACUUCAUCAUUUGCUCCUUUUUCAAGGUGUUUGGGGAGAACCCAUCAGGGUUUGCCACACUGUUCAUCAAGAAAUCGAGCAGAGAAGUAUUGCAAACAUCCAUUUUGGCAAGAAGCAUUGGGAUGGUGAGCAUUGUACGUGCAGGAAAGCUGUUUGAUUUACCAGCAGAGGAGGUGGAUACUACAAGUUCAUUCUCUGGCCCGAUACCCACGAGCUCAAAACAGAAGCAAAUUGUGAAAUAUGAGGAAGGUGAGACAUCUGAGGUAGCUGGACUGCCGACGAGUGCAGCAGCAGAACAACAAGAAGAAUCUAAAGAUGAAGAGGAGGAGGAGAAGGAAGAGGAGGAGGAGAAGGAGGUGGAGGAGGAGGAGCAGUCCUCAGAAAUUGUAGAAGUAAUGAGAAAACCGACCAACCACAACGAUGAAGAGAUAGAAAAUGAAGUGGAUGUCGAAUUCAAAGGUUUAGACCAUGCAGAUUCUCUAGGUCUUCUAGUUAUACAUAACAGACUCAGAUGCAUUACAAAUUGGUUAGUAAUUGCAUUUAUGAAGUUGCAGCAUCCUCACUCUGAAAAUGGUAAUGCCUUAGUGAAGAUUUACGGGCCAAGAGUAAAAUUUGACAGAGGACCUGCAUUGGCAUUCAAUGUAUUCGACUGGAAAGGAGACAAGAUUGACCCUCUACUUGUUCAGAAACUGGCAGACAGAAGUAACAUUUCACUGAGCUGUGGCUUCCUGCAAAAAAUCAUAUUUACAGAAAAGUAUGAACAGGUCAAAGUUGCAGUUUUAGAGGAAAGGAUCCAUGAGAACACAGCAGCUUCAGAUAAAAAAAAGAAAGAGAGCCAUAAUCUGGGGAUAGCAGUUGUAAAUGCUUCAUUUGGUUAUCUAGCUAAUUUUGAAGAUGCUUACCGGCUCUGGGCUUUUGUUGCCAAGUUUCUGGAUGCCGAUUUUGUCGAGAAGGAGAGAUGGAGAUAUGUGGCUCUUAACCAGAAAAUGAUUGAACUGUAGAAUGAACAGAAAGGCCUAGAAUCCGUUUUUCUUAUUGCUAAACUUUACAGAUGGGGAACAUAAGGGAGCAUUUAAAUUUCCUAUCAGUUGGGAAUGAUCCAAUAGUAUCCCAGCAGAUAUUUUAUAAUUGACAGGAUGCUACCUAUUCAUUCAUUCUUUAUCAAUGAUGUACAAUGUUGUAAAAGUCAAUUGAACUGGUUAAAUUUUAAUAUUUAUUUAUAACAUUAAUGAUACA